AUGAGUUAUAUCAUGAAAUUUCACAGACAUUUUCAAAGGACAAUCCUUCUGCUUGCCACUUUUUGCAUGGUAAGCAUUCUCAUUUCUGCCUAUUAUUUAUACACAGGAUAUAAGCAGGACAAUGAAAUUUCUGAAGCGACGAUGGAAAUAGAAUGUGGAGAUAUCGAAUCUCUGCCUUAUAAACUCUUUGAACAGAGAAUGGGAAAACCAUCUUUUUCUUUUAAAAUGGAACCUGUUAUUUUGGUUUUUAUAGAGAGCCAGUAUUCUCAGCUAGGACAGGACAUUAUUAGUAUUUUAGAAUCCAUUCGAUUUAAGUUCCAUGCUGAAAUAGCUCCUGGAAAAGGUGAUCUUCCACCACUUACAGAAAACCAUGUUGGAAAAUAUGCACUUAUCAUAUAUGAAAAUUUUAUGAAGUACACAAACAUGGACAUAUGGAAUAAGGAACUUCUGGAUAAAUACUGUCUUCAGUAUGGCGUUAACAUUAUCGGUUUUCUUAAAGGCACAGAAAACAGUAUUCAAAAUUUUUAUCCUAAGGGCUUCCCAUUUCUGAUUCAUAGUAAUAUGGCAGUCAAAAACUUUUGUAUUAAUCCAAGCACACCUUUACUUCAUAUAACAAAGCCUUCCAAAACAGCUAAAAGUCCUUUACUUGGAAACGAAUGGACUCUCUUUGAGGUUAACAACUCACUUUACCAACCCAUUGUUUUUUCAAAAAUAAAGAUGCCUGUUGGUGCACCACCACAACUGUCCAAAAUGUCCUUAUUUGCCACAGUUAUUCAUGAUUUGGGUCUUCAUGAUGGUAUUCAAAGAGUUUUCUUUGGCAAUAAUUUGAACUUUUGGUUGCACAAGCUUAUUUUUGUGGAUGCUUUAUCUUAUCUUUCUGAGAAGAAAUUAACCCUGUCCCUGGAGCGCUUUAUUCUUGUGGACAUAGAUGACAUUUUUGUAGGCAAAGAAGGAACUAGAAUGAACAGCAAUGAUGUCAAGGCUCUUCUUGACACACAGCGGUUACUUCGGACGCAAGUUACUAAUUUUACAUUUAACUUGGGAUUUUCUGGAAAGUUCUACCAUACAGGUACUGAGAAGGAGGACAGAGGUGAUGACCUCCUGCUGGGCUCAGUGGAUGAGUUUUGGUGGUUUCCACAUAUGUGGAGCCAUAUGCAACCUCAUCUUUUUCAUAAUGAGUCUUCACUUGUGGAGCAGAUGAUUCUCAACAAAAAAUUUGCUCUGGAGCAUGGUAUUCCAACAGACAUGGGUUAUGCAGUGGCUCCCCAUCACUCGGGUGUCUAUCCAGUACACAUACAGCUUUACGAUGCUUGGAAAAAAAAUUGGAACAUUAAAGUCACAAGUACAGAAGAAUAUCCACAUUUGAAACCAGCGCGUUACAGACAGGGAUUUGUUCACAAAAAUAUUAUGGUUCUUCCUCGGCAAACUUGUGGUCUGUUCACACAUACUAUUUUCUAUAAAGAGUACCCUGGAGGUCCACUUGAGCUAGAUAGAAGCAUUCAAGGAGGGGAACUUUUUUUUACUCUUGUCCUGAAUCCAAUUAGUAUCUUCAUGACCCAUUUGUCCAACUACGGCAAUGACAGACUUGGUUUAUAUACUUUUAUUAAUCUUGCCAAAUUUGUGCAAACCUGGACUCAUUUAAAGUUGCAAACUCUUCCUCCAGUUCAACUGGCUCACAAAUACUUCCAGCUCUUCCCUGAGCAGAGGGAUCCUGUCUGGCAGAAUCCCUGUGAUGACAAACGUCAUCGAGACAUUUGGUCAAAGGAAAAAACCUGUGAUCGACUGCCAAAAUUUCUCAUUGUGGGACCACAGAAAACUGGUACUACAGCUUUAUACUUAUUUCUGGUUAUGCAUCCUGCAAUAUUUAGCAACUCGCCAAACCCAAAAACAUUUGAAGAGAUGCAAUUCUUCAAUGGAAAUAACUACCACAAAGGCUUGGAUUGGUACAUGGAUUUUUUUCCAAUCCCAUCAAAUGUGACCAGUGAUUUCCUGUUUGAGAAAAGUGCCAACUAUUUUCAUUCUGAAGAAGCUCCUAAACGUGCUGGUGCUUUAAUCCCAAAGGCAAAAAUUAUUACGAUUCUCAUUGAUCCCUCAGAUCGAGCAUAUUCAUGGUACCAGCACCAGCGUGCUCACCAGGACCCAGUAGCUCUAAAAUUCAGCUUUUAUGAGGUCAUUACAGCUGGCAGCAAGGCUUCUUCAGACCUACAAUCACUCCAAAAGAAGUGCCUGAUGCCUGGAUGUUAUUCUACACACAUAGAACGGUGGCUGCAACACUUCACUCCUGCUCAGCUUCUUAUUGUUGAUGGACAACAGUUACGAACAGACCCAGCUAACGUGAUGGAUGAAGUACAGAGGUUUCUGGGAGUUUCUCCACAUUACAAUUACUCAGAAGCACUAACGUUCGACUCACAUAAAGGAUUUUGGUGCCAGCUCUUGGAAGAGGGGAAAACAAAGUGUCUGGGCAAAAGCAAAGGUAGAAAAUACCCUGCAAUGGAUACAGAGUGCAGAGUCUUCUUGUCAAGUUAUUACCAAGAUCACAAUGUGGAAUUAUCAAAACUUUUACACAGACUUGGCCAACCUCUACCUUCAUGGCUGAGACAAGAACUGCAAAAAAUCAGAUAG